AUGGGAAACCUAAUUUCACGCAACAAAUCACCGGCCACAGAGCUCGAGCGUGUCGCUCUCUCUAUUGAUGAGCUGAAACGGAGACUUCAAAACAUAUCUGCAAGCAACUCAACCACCCUCUACUACUACUACAUGAGCGUUAUCAUCGUUUUGAGCAUUGCGAUGGCGCACACCUGGCUCAGAUUCGAGGAUCCAACAAAGACUUAUGUGGCAUGUGCUUUGGCCUUUGGAGCAGCAGUGAUUGUUCUUGCCGGACGAUACGUUAUCAAUUGUUUCUUCUCGUGGCGUACAAACCGAACCACUCAAAAACUCGAAAACGCCAUCUCACAGAAAACAACUUUGUUGGAUUUGGUUAAAGAGACUCUCAAGUUCAAGGAAGCCAAAGAAAUUUUGGAUCGCUACGAGAAGAGUGAACUAGAGAACACAACGGAUCAAGCCAGGCUUAUUCGUCAACCACCAAGUCCACAGAAGAGACAAAUAAUCGAUAACGCUACUCCGGGAACUCCAAAACAGGAUCAGAAGAAAGUUGAAACUCCAACUACACAACCAGCAAGACCUGGCACUGCAAUGAACACGAUGAACAUGACUCCAUUCCACCAACGCAAUCCCAACGCAGCUCCAAUUCGUCCCUACCUCCGACAAACAACAGCACUCGACAGAGUUCUCGACUAUUUCAUGUCGGAUGGACCCAACUGCAGAAACGCUUUGAUCUGCUCCAUUUGUCAUACACAUAAUGGUAUGUCAGUGCCAGCGGAAUACCCAUAUAUCUCCUUCCGUUGCUUCGAAUGUGGGCACUUGAAUCCGGCCAAGAAAAUGGGACCACAAAUCCCUCUGACACGUCCACCGAUGGGUCCAAAAGGUAUCCAACACAAUGGAAGAGUGGGUCCAGGUCCUCAAGUCCCUUCUGGUAGUGAUUCUGAGUUGCUGGAGCAACAGAAGCCGUCAACUGACUUGACUCCUUCUGCAAGUCAAAAUGGAUCUGACUCGGAGACCGAAAAGAACAAUGGGAACAAAAUUCCUGCUGAACAAACUUAA